AUGGCUUAUGUCCUGCGCGUUUUAGAGUCCUAUCCCCGUGAACGUGUCACUUUCUUCAUGCAGUCUCUGCGCUAUGAUAGAGGGUUGAAGGGUAUCUAUCUUCUUAGAGCUGCCCAAAGAAGUUACAUAUUUGCUCAUAUCCUCACGUGGCAUUUGCAGGAUGAGUCUGUUCAGGAAGAUGGUGCUUCCGUGAAGAAUGAUUCAUCAUUCCAAGCAAUCUUGUCAGAGGUUCGACAGCAUAUCAUUGAUGCUCUUUCUCUCAAGGCCUUGGACUUGUUCUAUAGAGAGUUUGACUUCUUUGAAAAGGUUACAUCUAUUUCUGGGGCAUUGUUUCCUCUUCCAAAGGAAGAACGAAGAGCUGGUACAAGUAGGGAGUUGGAGAAAAUCAAAAUGCAAGGAGAAGACCUUUAUUUGCCUACCGCUCCUAGCAAGCUUGUUAAGGGUAUCCAGAUAGACAGUGGAAUACCCCUUCAGUCAGCUGCCAAAGUCCCUAUCAUGAUAACUUUUGACGUCGUCGAUCGUGAUGGUAACCAGAAUGAUGUGAAACCACAGGCUUGUAUUUUCAAGGUAGGCUUUUGCAUUUUCUAAAUUCGUAGG